CUAUGACAUGUUUAAAAGCGAGAAGAGAUUUUGGCUAAGAAGCAUGUUCUAAUAAACUUUUUGAUGGACCCACUUGAAGGGGUAUUUGCUCUAUGGCCAACCGUUAUUCUUGUGUUUGGUGAGCAAGGUGGAACACAUUUGUGUGGGUCUACCAAGUGUGUCCCUCUUGUUGGGCUCAAGGAUAAUGAGUUUGUUUUUGGCCACAUACCUCUGAAGGCUAAUUCGGCAUCAGGUGUUGGAGUGAUCGACGAUUGCAAGCUGAGGUUUAUGGAGCUGAAGUCGAAGAGGAAUUUCAGAUACAUUAUUUUCAAGAUUGAUAGAUCAAGCCAGGCUGUAGUGGUGGAUAAACUCGGAAGUCACAAUGAGACGCAUCGUGAUUUCACCAACAGUUUGCCCUCUGAUGAUUGUCGAUUCGCCGUUUUCGACUACGAUUUCACGACCCAAGAGAACAUGCAGAGGAGUCGGAUUUUCUUUGUGUUUUGGUCUCCGGAGACGGCCAGUGUGAGAAACAAGAUGGUGUAUGCAAGCUCCAAAGAUAAAUUUAGGAGAGAAUUGGAUGGGGUUCAAGUGGAGUUGCAAGCAACAGACCCAGGUGAAAUGAGUAUGGAUAUCUUCCGAGAUAGGGCACAUUGAAUCCAUCCACCCGUCUUCUUAAGCAUUUUACUUAUAUCUAUUACUAUAUAAAUAUAGACAAUAAGAUCAACUAUUAUCC